AUGAAGAAGGAACUGACAAAUGCUACAAUCAUGCAUGCUACGGAGAUAAGAACUGUUACCAGUCCACAUAUUAACUUCAAGGCAUUCAACAAUAGGCAUGUUUCCAACACAGCAAAGCAGAAGAAGGCAGUAUUACCCUUGAUAUCUUGCAAUCCAACAUUGUUGAUCACUGAGUUUUCGCAGCUCUUCCACAACAUGAACAUGGUUGGCACCUUGAGUUCACUUGCUAUUGCUGCGUGCUUCAGUCUCUCAGAGCUUUUGUAA